GUGUCGCUUGCACAAGCCAGCCUCCACCUUCAUGUAUCCGGAAACCAAUGACGGUCAAUAAUUCCAGAAGCGCCCAUCAUUGACAAAGGUGAGCAUCCAGAAGAGCACCAAGGCUUAUUUUUAUGGUUCAAGAUUUUUUUAAUCUUUUCUUUUUCACUUGUGGCUGCCGUGUUUCCAGCUUUGUGAUCUGACGAGAAAGAUGCAAGUGUGCCUAUCGGUGAUUCCUGUGAUUCUGGCCACUUGUUGUACUGCCACAAAAAUUUACAAGAAGGUGGGUGAUGACAUUGUCCUCAGGCCUGAUGCAGUUCCUGAUACCAGCCCCCUCACAAGCAUCUUGUGGAAGCAUGGUUAUGACAUCGCCAUCGAGUGGGACACGGAUGGUGUGGUGGUGUUUCGUCAAUUUAAAAAUCGUGCUACGCUGAACAAUAUGAACGGCGAGCUGACCAUCACGGGAUUGACUCAAAAUGACAGUGGCACAUACACACCUGAGAUCAACUUUGUCUCUGCCACCCAAACUCAUCUUGCCGUUAUUUUGCCUGUUCCCCAGCCCACUGUCUUAAUAUCCUGUGAUGAUGAGAGGACAAUUUGCACUUUGACAUGCGCUGGCAAAACCACGGGAGCUGAACCUGUCACCUACACCUGGAAGUUUGGCGAUUCCUUGGAGACCAACUCAACCAUGAAGCACAUCAUUCAAAAGGACACUUUCAGCCCAGAUGAGUUCAUGUGCGAACUGCAGAAUCCAGUCAGCAUAAAAUCCAGCUUGUCUACUCGCAGCCCGUUCUUCACUGAAAGCGAAGCGGGUCUGAAGGUCAAUACGGGCCUGACAGUCUUCAUCUGUCUCUUGACUGUAGUGGUAGUGCUGGUGCUCAUUCACAAAUGUAGAACGGGGAUGUGGUUCUUCCAAAAAGCCUUCAUGCCGUGGGACGCAGACUUCUGGAGGAAGGAAGAGAGGCAAUAUGAAGACGGAAAUGAAUCAAAUGGCACCACGACUCAUCAAGAGAAAGCACAAGCGGGAGAGGAAACACCAAUGACGUAGAUGGCCCAAUACCCGAGAUCACUCUCUUAACAGUUGCACACGCUUCAAGUUUUAUGCUAGUGUGUGUGUGCGUGUGUGUGUGUCUCCAAGAAAAAAGGGAAACCAGGCAAUAGGACUGAAACGUGAACCCGAGACAAUACUGUACCAGGAAAUCCUCUAGCGUGUGCUAUAUUGUUGGCCAACAUAGCGACACGGGUCAGCACCAGGGUGACAGGGUGACACAGGCUGUGUCAUCUGAGGAUGUACUUUGGUUACAGCGCAACUGUGGAGUGGGAUUGCACUGAUGUGAGGGAGCAGAUGCGGGAUCAAACGUUUGUCCAUCAACAAUCACAUCACUGAGCAGUUCUGAGAGCAUUUUUUAUACACCUGACUUUUUUUAACACUGUAACUCAUUUGAUGCCACUUGUUUUUUUGCAUGUCCUUUAAAUCAUGAUUAUUUUUCACCCCUUGUCAAUCUACUUCGAGUUUUAUGAUAUGCUUUUAAAGUGACACCACAGCAAUUGUUGUAGACUGCCUUGCACAUAUCCCCUUUUGUUAUUCAAUCUUAUUUUGGUUUGCAAAUGAGUCCAAGUAGAUGCAUCGUAUAUUGCUGUCUAAUAAAACACUAAAACGUU